GGGGGCGGGGAGCCCGCGGGCUGGGAGCCGGCGGCGGCGGCGGCGGCCGAGCGGGGUCAGUCCUUUGGAGGGUUUGCCAAUGUGGGAGCCGCCCGCCCAGCGUCCCCGGCCACAAGGUUUUGGAGCCGUGAGGGGUCCCGCAGCUGGGUCCACGUUGCUUUAACAUGCUUCAAAUCAACCAGAGAUUAUCACUGCUAAUAUUUUGGGGUGUAUGCUUCUAGAUAUUUUUCUACGCAGCUUCUCUCCAAGAUAAAAUGGCAAAGCCCAAAGAGAAAACUCCAGUGUGUCUGGUAAAUGAGUUAGCCCGUUUCAAUAGAGUCCAACCCCAGUAUAAGCUUCUGAGAGAAAGAGGGCCUGCUCACGCGAAGAUGUUCUCAGUGCAGCUGAGCCUCGGUGAGCAGACAUGGGAAUCGGAAGGGAGCAGCAUCAAGAAGGCCCAACAGGCCGUGGCUAGUAAAGCUCUGACUGAAUCUACACUCCCCAAGCCCGUUCAGAAACCGCCCAAAAGUAAUGUCAACAAUAACCCAGGUAGCAUCACCCCCACGGUGGAACUGAACGGGCUUGCCAUGAAGAGGGGAGAGCCUGCCAUCUACAGGCCACUGGAUCCAAAGCCCUUCCCAAAUUACAGAGCUAAUUACAACUUCCGGGGCAUGUACAACCAGAGGUAUCAUUGCCCGAUGCCUAAGAUCUUUUACGUUCAGCUGACUGUAGGAAACAAUGAGUUUUUUGGGGAAGGGAAGACUCGGCAAGCUGCUAGACACAAUGCCGCCAUGAAGGCCCUCCAGGCGCUGCAGAACGAGCCCAUUCCCGAAAAGUCCUCUCAGAAUGGCGAAUCCGGAAAAGAAAUGGAUGAUGACAAAGACGCCAAUAAAUCUGAGAUCAGCUUAGUGUUUGAAAUUGCUCUGAAGCGAAAUAUGCCCGUCAGUUUCGAGGUUAUUAAAGAGAGCGGGCCACCACACAUGAAAAGCUUCGUUACGCGGGUGUCCGUGGGGGAGUUCUCUGCGGAAGGAGAGGGGAACAGCAAAAAGCUCUCUAAGAAGCGGGCCGCAACCACCGUCUUACAGGAGCUCAAGAAACUCCCGCCUCUUCCUGUGGUUGAAAAGCCAAAACUAUUUUUUAAAAAACGCCCUAAAACCAUAGUCAAAGCUGGACCAGAAUAUGGUCAAGGAAUGAACCCCAUUAGCCGCCUGGCCCAAAUUCAACAGGCCAAGAAGGAAAAGGAGCCAGACUAUGUUUUGCUUUCAGAGAGAGGAAUGCCGAGACGUCGGGAGUUUGUGAUGCAGGUCAAGGUAGGCAAUGAAGUUGCUACUGGGACAGGACCGAAUAAAAAGAUAGCCAAAAAGAAUGCCGCAGAAGCAAUGCUGCUACAGCUCGGUUAUAAAGCAUCCACUAGUCUUCAAGAUCAACUUGACAAGACAGGGGAAAACAAAGGAUGGAGUGGCCCAAAGGCUAGUUUUCCCGAACCAACCAAUAACACUCCGAAAGGAAUUCUUCAUUUGUCUCCUGAUGUUUAUCAAGAGAUGGAAGCCAGCCGCCACAAAGUAAUCUCUGGCAGUUCCCUAGGCUAUUUGUCACCCAAAGACAUGAACCAGCCCUCCAGCUCCUUCUUCAGUCUAUCUCCCACCUCGAAUAGCUCAGCCACAAUUGCCAGGGAACUCCUUAUGAAUGGAACAUCUCCUACGGCGGAAGCCAUAGGGUUAAAAGGAAGUUCUCCUCCCCCUUGUUCUGCAGUACAACCUUCAAAACAGCUGGAAUAUUUAGCAAGGAUUCAAGGCUUCCAGGUGCACUACUGUGAUAGACAUAGUGGCAGAGAGUGUGUGGCCUGCCUGACCUUAGCCCCCGCGCGGAUGGCUUUCCAUGCUGGUGGAAGCUCCGUUGAAGCCAGCCAUGACCCGGCUGCUUUAAGUGCCUUGAAACAAUUUUCUGAGCAAGGACUGGAUCCAAUGGAAGGGACAAUGAAUAUUGACAAAAGCUCUCUUGAAAAACAAGGCCAGCAUCUGGGAGAGAAGGCGGACAGUAACCAGACACACCCAGGCCCCAUCGCUCAGGACUGCAAGAAAUCAAAGUCCGUCAUCUAGCAGCUCCCCGGACCACGGCAGCCACCGCAUCCUUAUAAACCUGUCAGCACGCAUGAGGGUGUCUGUGUUCGAGGAAAUGAAUGACGAAUGCCCGUCGUUGGGUCUUAUGUGAAGACAACGCUGUUCUAGCCACGAGAUAAUAUACGUAGUCCUGUUCAUUCACCCUGGUGGGGGAGGGGGGAGGGGGAUAAAACUCUGCGCAUUUCCCUUGGAACCUGAGAUCAGAUCAUAACUCCUGUGUCCAGAGGCAGCGGACAUCCGAUCCUGCUACCGGGUCCCGCGAUAGCCAUGAAUGAACCGUGUUAGACACAGAGGUGACGCUUUCCCAGGAUCGACAGGGAGACCGGACCCGGCCCCGGGUCCCGGUGGUUCUCUCUCUCUCUUCUCUCUCUCUCUCUCUCUCUCUCUCUCUCUCUCUCUCUCUCUCUCUCUCUCUCUCUCUCUCUCUCUCGGCGCUUGUGUCUCGUUCUCUUCUCUCUCGUUUUUAAAUAAUGCUUGACGAUUCACCUGUCUCCCGAUGCUGUGCUGUGGAAUGUGAUGGUCGUUGUCUUCAUAUAGAGUCACGCAGUUUCUCUCUCUCUGCAGGUCUUUGUAACCUUCAUCCUCUCUCCCGUGUGAGUCACUGUUCAGGCGUGCGCACACACACACACACACACACUGCUCAAAGCCGUAUGCCAACCAACGUGGUUUCAAUCCGGUCGGAUAUUGAAAACUAUGAAAUCACGUUAGGAUCAACUAGUUCCCAUAGACUCCGGGAGUUUAAAAAACAACAAAAAAAAUAGCUCCCUCGUGGGUUUUGAGCCCCGUCAUGUUCUCAGCCACCUGGGGGGGGGAGGGGGCGUCUUGCCUCCGCCCACCGUUUCCCUGGGCCCCGCGUCCUAUGGCGGGAUUCCACCCACCCCAUUCCUGUCUUGUAGCCACUCACUGUGUGCAUCAAGAGUGUGUUUUGAAUACCUGCCUCCGGACUAGGGACGGUGAGGAGGACCCAUGUCGAUGCUGUCCCUGGCAGGGAAGGGAGAGCCAGCGGACGAGCCGUCGGAGGAGUCUAGCCAGCUUGUAGCCAGCCACGCUCGGGGCCAGCAUGUCGGGAUCCAGCGUGUAGCAAAUGCAGUAAAAAUUUGGUCGGUUUCUGUGUGA